AAGAGAAAGGCUGAACCGGCAAUGCAGAGACAUUUAAAAAAGUCUCGUGAUGUUGUGUCUGAUGCUGGUGAAAAAAGGGAGGACCAAGAAAGGGUGCCGAGGGAACGAGAAAGUUCGGCAAUAGACAAGGAUUGCAUCAAGAGAUGGGUUAAGGAAGAAGUCUCAAACUGUCUGAAGGACUUGGUGCCUUCGAUAGUUGAAAGAACGUUGAGUCAGGUCGUCCCCGAAGCCAUUAAUCGGGCAUUUGGGGAAACUUUUAAGAUAUUGGAUGACUACAUAAUUGCACGAUCAGAUAACACAAUGCAAGGAGAUGGGGAGCAGUCGGAUGGCAAUGAGGAGGAGAAGUCGAACAAGUCCAAUGAGGAUCUGGAGCAGGAGGUGGUUGGCAAUGAGGCGGAGAUGUCCGAGAAGAAGUCCAAUGAGGAUCCGGAGCAGGAGGUGGUUGGAAAUGAGUCGGUUCAUGAGGAGGAGAUGUCCGAGAAGAAGUCCAAUGAGGAUCCGGAGCAGGAGGUGGUUGGAAAUGAGUCGGUUCAUGAGGAGGAGAUGUCCGAGAAGAAGUCCAAUGAGGAUCCGGAGCAGGAUGUGGUUGGAAAUGAGUCGGUUCGUGAGGAGGACAGGUCUGAGAAGAAGUCCCCUGAAGAUGUGGAGCAGGUGGUUGGGAAUGAUGUGGUUAAUGACGGCGUUGAUGUGGAGAAGAAGUCCCCUGAGUUUGUGCAGCGGUUGAUGGGGGAAGUUCUUUGUAUGGAGAAGUCUCCGGAUGGUGAUGGUGAUGAAGAGGAGGAUGAUGAGGAUAAUGUUCCACUACAAACACGACGUGUGAGGUUCUUGAGCAAAAAUGUAAGUUCACCCUUUGUGAACUUACAACAGAAGGACGAAGAGGACAAAUUGAGUCGCGCCUACAACAAAUGGAUGCACAUUAAAGAUGACACUAGGCUAUUGAACGUUGGGCAGUCACCUAAGUUCUUACGUGGACGAGAUUACUUCGCAUAUAAUAAGGGCUUUCAGAAAAGUCUUUCUCAGAUUAGACAAUGUACACCAACUCUCGAAACCUCUCCAUCUCGUGAGGACUCUCAGUCUCACGAGAACUCGGAAAAAAAGAUCGGGAUUGCCAAGGAAGUAAAAGAGUACCUCACCAAUGUCAAUCUUUUGCAAUACGCGGAAAUGCAAUAUCCGGCUUACUACCCCCUAACGCUUGAAUUAAUUAGCACAAUGAAGAUUGAAGACAAAAACAAACUACUUACAUGUAGGAUGAUGGGAAGAGAGUGCAAGGUGACACCCAAGGUGAUGAAAGAUGUUUUCGGGUUCACGUCCGUGGGCACUAAGAAAAAGCCCAUAGAUUAUCUCAAGAGGGCUCCAAUGGGUUGGAAAGUGAUUUCCGGGAGUGACAAAUUUGCAUCAAACGGGGCUCCUUUUUUUCUUGUGAAGGAUAUUGCUUUAGGCUUUUUCGGGAAGUUCAUCGCUUAUCAAGUCUCGGGGAAGGAUCAAGCUACUAGAUUGAACCAACAUGAACUUUUUAUAAUGAAGUGUGCCAUGGAUAAAAAAAAAAUUCAAUGCCACCGAAUUUAUUUGGUCAAGCUUAGCCGAAAUCUAAGCACAUGA